AUCAGGCACGAUAGCGCUCGUUGACAAACAAACGUUCCGCUUUUUUUUUAAACGUGAACCGCAGUGGCAUCUGUUUCGUCCACAAAGGAAGUGUAUUGAUAAAGGCGAUCUCUCUUUGAAUUGUGUUCACAUGGGUGUCUGGUUCAGCCUGAAAGCACGUGCUCUAGAUAUUCAGAAAGGGCAAAAAGAAAUCAAGAGUCUCGUACGCGUUCGUGACUUCCGAGACGAACGGUAUGAUAAUGGUGUUGGGCUUCUUGCCAAUGGAACCCAUUACGUAUGUCGAUGAAUUUUAUUUAUGACGAAAGCUUGUUCGUAUAUGUGCUGUGCGCUGUUAACACAUAAUGUGGAUAGCAUGUUAGAAGACGAUCUGCGUUCAAGGGAUACAUGCCGGCUGAGCAGAUCCGGCUGGUUUUUGCUUCGCGUUGCUUAUCGCCAAUCAGACGGAGCUGAUAAUUGCCAGCUUUCGCCUAUUCUGUUGGCUACAAACGUUUUCCAACGGGUAGGUGCGUCGCGAAUCCAAGAGAAGUCAGAGUAAAGUGCUAUUUUGUGAAUAUUUUACUCAAGUUCACUUUUAAUCAUGUGUAUCGUGCAACGGCAGCGAAAAGUCCUAGGCGGUGAAUUGUGCCAUUGGCUGUAAGCAUGCGCACCUGUGUGUUUGCGAACGAUAACAGAAUCGACACGAUUGGCCAUCUUCGAAUAGUUUACACGAGUAGGGGCCGAAUUUAUGCUGAAGAAGCAAAAUUGCUCAGCUGAAAACACCGUGUGCACAUAUAAGUAUCAUCAAGUGCACUGUCAAUAGACAUAUGAACUUGGUGGAAUAAAGACCAAUUCUCUAAAUGAAAUCGCCGUCACGACAGUCAGCGAAGUCUUCGAUACCAGCGGCCAUGCGAGCAUUGUCAGCCCGCCACAGAGCGGCGCUCCUGUACUCGCUGGUUACGUUGGUAUCACUUCAUUUUGUUGGUGGGGUCGCAGCGAGUCGCUCUCCCCAGGAGGAAAUCAGUGAAGAGAAUACGCUACCUGGCCAAGAUGACAGUCGCCUCUCCUGGGGCGCGACGAGCGGAAUUACAUCGGCGGGCGAGCCCGUAUUGCUCCGGCCAUACGCCAUAUCUCUACUCACUAGACCUUCCACGCUGACGGCCUCUAGAGGAAUACCUUUCGUCCAGAGGAUGGUCAGGUCCGAGUACGCAAGUCAUCCAUUCAGCUUUCUUAAGCGUGGAGUAAUGAUGGGUGUUGACUUGCCGGACUUCAUUAUGAAUCAGCAGAACGGCAAUCGCAUCCAGGCUUUCCGAAACCGCCUCAUCCAGAGUGGACGUCGAUAGGUGUUUCGGUCUAUUUCACCAUCUUGAGAAACCUAAAAAUACGUAUCUUCUCAAGAUGAUAUCUACCUGCAUUGCAACUCUCGUGUCUUGAGCACGCCCGUGCGCAUCUCAGAAAAACAGUUAAUAAUCGCACCAAAAAAUUGUCCGAUCUUCUCACAUUAUGCUCUACUUGUUGAAAGCUCUGCUGAACAUUUACUGAUCCCCUGAUAAAGAUAUAUAUGGCGGUAUAUUUCGGCGAAGGGUCAACCUGGCAGUUUACCGGUUAGAUGCGAAUCAUAAAGAUGAGGUCGAUUAAUCAUAAAUAUGAUUCGUUUGUUUGCCGCUUUUUAGACCGCCUGUACGAGUUCGUGCGUCCAAUACUUCUUUUGUUUUGCAGAAGAUCUCUGGGUCUACGGAUCCACAAGUACUUAUAAGCUGGAAAAUAAUGAAGACAUAAGUGAUAUAAAAAUGAUGCUAAACAGCCAAUUAUAGACAGAAUAUCGGAUCUAAUCUAAUAAUUACAGAUAUUACAAUAUACAAACAGCUGAUACAUUAUUAAACGUCAGUGUUUGAUUGAAAGAGAUCAGGGGUCGCUGCUCUAAGUCCCGCCAGCUACAUAACCUGCGUGAAUAAAGAAAGUUAUAACUUCAAACUAAUAUAUAAUUUAUGCAGCACUUAAUCUGCUGAUGUAAGGUAGGCCGACUUUUUUCUCCACGAAACUGAACGAAGUCAUCAAGGAUCGGAGGCUGAAUGUAGUACGAUUAAGCCAUGUAGAAAUGCUGAUAACAACCUCUACCAUUGGCUCUAUGAGAUAAAACCGGAUAGAAAGUAUUUCCCUUAAAUCGUUGCUGUUACUAUUAUUAUAAUCACUAUGGUUACUCAGAAAGAUAGGAACUCCGUCACCACAACGACAGCUAUCUGUGAGUAUAACGACGUGUGACCAAGUACUAUAUUUGUACCAAACGGACGGCAAACUGUGUCCUCUGGAUGGGCUGUUGCAUACUGUAGUGUAUGUUUUUGGACACGCAUCCUGCCGUAUUAACGCACAUGGUCUCGGUAUGUUGACAUUAUCGUGUUGACAACAAAACGACCAACAAUACAGAGUCGGAACGCAUGGUCCUCUUGUUAUCGACGAUGUAUCUUAGAUUCAAAUUUCGGAUCUCCAUCAACCACUUAUAUACAUAAUGUAAAAUUGCCUCGGCGGCAAUUCCAAUGCCACAUCAUAGCGGCAACCCUGUUAAUUUCACAGCAUGACUCGCACUACCACUGCCAAUAGGCAGCCAUAGGGCAGUAACAGAAAUCAAGUUACAGUUCUUUUACCACACGCAUAGUGGAAAGCUGACAGGGAACAUAGAGAAUGUGGGGUUUCGCUGUCUCAUGUUGCUCAGUCGAGUUGGCUACUACGAGAAUUACUUGCAACUGGCAGUGGUUGUAAGAUUUCCACUCAUGUGACCCCUCAUAUUUAUUGAAAGCUAAAAGCAAAAAAAAAAAACAACAUUUUAUGGCAAUAAACAACACUCGAGAAGAAGUAACCUCACUAGCAGAAGACCUCAUAAAUUUAUCGCACGCAAACAUGGAAAGGCAGAGAAAGGAAGCGUUUUACGCCUAAAUCGUCCCUCGAAUGAUUAACUAAGUAUCGUAAAUGAGAAUAAUAAUAAUAAUAAUAAUAGGAUAUUUUCGUGAGUAAGGAGAAAGCGCUAAAAUUUCAAAACGAGAUAACUGCAAUAACUAUUUCCGCUGUUUUUAUUGUACCUACAGAAACGAAGAUCGGAACUUGCCUACUAUGCUUCCGACUAUUGGUCAAUACUGACCUAACAUGUCGAUGCCAUCAUCUUUAAACACAUUUUGUAGUACGUGAACCAUGAAAAUACAAUUCAACAAGGUGCAUGCAGCAUCACGAGAACAAAGUCAGGAAUAGGCUUAUGGAGAUAUCGAAACAAUGGGCAACAGACAGUCACAAUUCCUAUUCAGUCACUCCUAAAGAAAUCGAUUUUUAAUAUCAUAAGUACUAUGUGACAAGUGAUGAAACAUAUAAGACUCAUGGAAUGGAGGAAUGGCGUUCGUAGGGCUAUAUCACUUAACGACGAUCAAUUGUAAUUAUUAGAUAUUGUGUUAUUAAUUAGUAAUACGAUGCUGAACGGUAGGGAACUAUUAGGCAGGAUCGAUUAAAUGCGACCUUCGCAUACGUAUUACGGGUAACUUAAUAAUUAUUUACGUCGUAGGAGUGAUGGCCCGACGUUGAUCUUGACGCGUUAUCUUUGAAGCGCUCCUCUCUCGAUAGUGGCUGUUAUCGUCGUCGUAUCGAAUAAACAAAGAACGAUAAACACUAUGACGCUGGUAUUGAUGGCAACAAUGAUAGUGAAUCUUAAUAAAUCGUGCUUCUGGAAAAGUGUCAAGGUGCCAUUUUUAUAAUUAGACCCUAAAAAGUAUACUAUUUAGUUUUCAUUAUAAUUGGCAA